AUGAAUUCCUCCACCCAAGGCAAUGUCGAUCCUUAUCAGGCGCCCUCGACAGCACCAAGUCCCCAUGCAAAUACUCCUCCCCGCGCCAGACAGGUCACUGCUGCACCAGCGCUUGAGCACGGGAAAGGGCAAGGGAUAAGGAAAGCGGGAAGAGAUUAUCGCGGUUCGUGGACCCUGGCCAAGGUCUUCGGCACUUCAGCGCCAUUGAUACAUAUAUACCUGCCUUUUUUCAUCAAUUGGCUUGGCAUUGUCGGUCUUAUAUUCGGAGGCUGCUGCUCCAACGUGUUCGCCUUGGAAUCAAUCAUCAAAUGGGAACCAGAGAGCGGGCUCCUGAUCACCUUCGUCCAGUUCGUUGUAACAGCGCUUGUCACAUCGCCGACUUACUUCUCUGCCCGCCGUCUACCAUUCUUCCUCAAGCGGCGCCAAAUUCCCUUGACUCGAUUGACUCUAAGUGCCUUCAUGUUUUUCGCUGUGAACAUGCUCAAUAACUUUGCCUUUGGCUACAACAUCUCCGUCCCGGUACAUAUAAUACUACGAAGCGGAGGAAGCGUGAUGACCAUGCUCGUUGGCUACGUCUGGGGGAAACGUUACACCAGCAUGCAAAUCUUCAGCGUAGCGAUGCUCACAGCCGGCAUCGGAGUGGCAGCCAUGGCGGACGCUCAAGCCAAGGGCAAAACGAAGUCCACUUCCAGCACCAACAUAGAUUCCGAAUUCAUCACAGGCCUCGUGAUCCUCGCUGUCGCUCAACUACUCUCCGCGAUUAUGGGAAUUUACACUGAGAUCACAUACUCCAGAUACGGCAGACAUUGGCAUGAAAACCUCUUCUACCAGCACUUCCUUUCAAUACCGAUGUUUUACCCUUUCUUUCCCUCGCUUCUCGAACAAUUGAAGAAACUUGUCUACUCCGAACCCAUUCAGCUUUCGCCUUCUUUGUACCGGUCCCUGUACAUAAAGUCUAAUUCGACAUUCGACUCUGGCGACCUUCAACUUCCACCGAUGGCGCUUACGCCUUCUGUUCUCGGGGUCGCAUUUCCAAAACACGUCUUCAACCUCGCUCUGAACGCUGGGACGCAAUUUGCUUGCAUCAGAGGUGUGAACGCCCUGAGCGCCAGAACAUCCGCGCUUGGAGUCUCCAUCGCACUCAACGUCAGGAAGCUAGUCAGUCUGUGCGUAAGUCUCUGGCUAUUCGGAAACAAGCUACCAGAGGGGGUUCUUUUAGGCGCAGUCAUUGUGUUUGGGAGCACAAGCAUCUGGGCGUGGGAGGGCCAGAGGAUCGGAAAGAAGGAUAAAAGGAAGGGAAAGAUGCCGUAG